AUGUCAAACACUGAAGGUUGGGUUGGGACAUGGAGGCCCCACAGGCCAAAAGGACCCAUAGCCGCCCUCUAUGGCAGCCCAGGACCUAAAUAUGCACUGCCUGGACUCACAGGUAGAGCUACAACGCAUCAAAGCUCAUUGCAUUUUGGGACUUUUAAUUGUGUUAACAAUCGCAGUAUUAAUUAAGUUACCAAUGUAGUAGGCUAUUUCACCUCCUAAACAGGAAACUCCAAUCAUGACCCUACCAAAUAUAAGGCACCAAUGUACAGCUUUGGGAAACGUACUGAACUGCCAAUGUUUAACUCCUCUCCGGGACCAAGAUACCUGAUCCCCUCCAACAUCACCAGAGUAGGCCAAGACGGCACUCCUGCAUUUUCAUUUAACAAGCGUCCAGCAGACCCAGUAGGGUCACAGACCCCUGGACCAGGUCAGCAAAACCUUUAACACAAUACAGCAGAUUUUGUAGAAACACAUGGCCUGAAAUACUGCUGACGUCAAACACAUGAAGACAAACCACCAAAACUGACAUUUUAGUCUGUUCUUAUGGUGCCAAAUUGGGACAUUUAAGUUGAUCUGUUUGUAUGCUUGUAUGAAUCUGUUUCUGUGUUUUAGGCAAAUACUCACCAGAGAUUUCAGCAAAGUGGCGCUUUCGCUCCUCUCCUGCUUACUCUUUAUCUGCAAGGCCCAAAGAGGACAGGGCCAACGAAACACCAGGUAACACACUGCACUUUGUGUCAGCCUAUUUUUAGACUUCAAAAUGUAAAGGAAUAAGAAAUACACACAUUUGUAGCACUGACGUCACACUGAUGGUCGUGGUGUUUGCUAGAGAAAACAAGUUUAGCCACCACAGGGUAGAAGGUGAUGGGGGAGUCAUAAAAUGUCUUCUUUCAGUUGUUGGGGACAGAUUUGUAGGGAAUAGUAGCAGUCAGUAGCAGUGGUAAAACUGUACUGUAUACCUGACACUGCAGGUCCAGCCGCCCACAGUCUGCCUCCUUUGUUUGGACACAAUUUUGUUAUUAAGUGGAAAUGCUGACACAGCAUUUCCACUUAUCGUUAUUCUCCUAUUCCUUUAUUAUUAUUAUUAUUAUUAUUAUUAUUAUUAUUAUUAUUAUUAUUAUUCUCCCUCUCACUGACUGCACCCUGCACCACGGAGUCCGCGCCGACUCGCUGCCUCCGCGCUUUUAACUCUUCGGGCUCUAUUUUCGUGUACGCCCGUGAGGCGGCGGAGGGCGGUGAGCCCCGCGCAGUUGUAUUUUCGUCUGGCGCAGCCCGGUGUACAGUCAGUUUGGUAUUUUCGUGGACUGAGGCGCAUGGAGGCGAGCCGAGAUCCGCCAAGCUGGGCGUGGUGGCGUGGCAGGGGGAGGUGUCGACAGAAUCAGCGGGCGCAGUGACAUUUUCGUGCUCUCCACCGGCAUGUAAAGUGCGCUGAAAGCUUGCCGAUUCAAAUACCAAUCCAUCUGUGCUCAUAUGAGAGAGUGUGGAGGACGCCCAAUGCAGCGCUUACAGUGACACAGAUCUCUUGAUCUCCUUGACUACUUCAUGAAAAUAGUAAUACGCCUCGCCGAUGGCGGAUUUAAAGGCAAGGAGAGGAGCUAAUGUGAUUGGUGAAAACAGGUCUCGGCUGUGUUAAACCCACUCUCCGCCCUCUCUCCUCCCUCGCUACGACUUAUGCCGCUGGGAGGAGCUGAGUUAGGGAGGGGGGAUACUUACGCCGGGCUGCACCGCUCACCAAAAUACCAAAUUGUGCUUGGGAACGCCUUGUUGGCGUGGCGGACCUCACCUACGCCGCGUCGCCGGUGAGGCACGAAAAUAGAGCCCUUCGACUCAUCUGCAGUUUGCUGCUGCCUGGAAAGACUUGUAUUCUCCUGGUGACUUUGGCGAUCUCAGUGUGGAUGCCUGUAUGAAAAAGUUUGAUUCUCUUUGCACUGAGAUCUUAGACUCCAUUGCGCCGAUGACUUUGAAGCAUGUAAAGCCACAGAUCGAGCCGUGGCUAAAUGAGUCCACUCGUGCGCUCAGACGCGCAUGUCGACAGGCGGAGAGAAAGUGGAAGAAAGACAGUCUCCAGAUUUCUCUGGAUCUCCUUCGGGAUUGUCUCGUUAAUUAUCAGCAGGCCGUUAAAGCGGAAUAUUUCUCCACUCUGGUCUCCAAAAGUGCUCAUAAACCUCAGGUUCUUUUCAAUGUCUUUGAUUCACUUGUGAACCCCUGUGAUGCCGUCUCUGUGGAACCAUCUGCUUCUCUGUGCGAGGAGUUUUUGCAAUUUUUUGUCAAUAAGAUGUCUGCUCUGAGAUCUCCACUCCCUCAGCCUGCUCUGGACCCCUCAGCUUCUGCAGCAAGCUCAGCUGUUUUCCACCAGUUUGAACCCGUUUCUUUUCCUGCACUGGCUGAGAUAGUAGAGCAUUUGCGCCCUGCCACCUGCCCAUCUGACAGCAUCCCUUCCAGGCUGCUUAAAGACCACAGGGUAGAAGGUGAUGGAGGAGUCAUAAAAUGUCUUCUUUCAGUUGUUGGGGACAGAUUUGUAGGGAAUAGUAGCAGUCAGUAGCAGUGGUAAAAUUGUACUGUAUACCUGACACUGCAGGUCCAGCCGCCCACAAUCUGCCUCCUUUGUUUGGGCCCAAAACUGUGGGAAAACCUGCAGCUCCCUCCUUCUCCAUCUGUGGCCGCGGCAAAUCUGGAGCCUUCGAUGAAGACUGGGCGAAGGCAUGUGUUCAAAGUAUUUAAAUCCUUUAUCUUUCUUCAAAAAACAUCCUUUAGGUAAUGUUACUAUAUACUGUACUUUUCUGCUCUUACAGACUCCCGGCCCUGCUGCCUACAAAGCUGUGGACCCAAAUGUCUACAUGAAAAAAACUCCCCAUUUCAGCUUGAUAGGUCGCAACUUCACACCAGGGGAUUCCACAAAGAAACCAGGACCAGGAACAUAUUAUCCUGAGAAGGUAGGAGAGCAGUAAAUGUUAGUAUGUCAUGCAUAAAGCCUGAGACAUUUUGGCGGAUAUUUGCUGAUUUACUCAAAUUUUCCUCCUCCUAGGUGACCAACAUGGAAGCAAAAGCUCCAAGCUUCUCUUUUGGACUACGUCAUUCACAAUUCAUUGUAGAUGUGCCUGAAAAAUGUCAGUGA